AUGGGGGAGGAAGUUACAAUUGACGGAGUUGAGGAUAGGAUGACGGAGUGGGAGGCCGGCCUGCCGACCGUCGACGAUCUGACACCGUUGUACCAGGCUCUGAUCCCGCCGGAGCUGGCAUCGGCUUUCAAAAUCUCGCCGGAGCCUACUCGAACCAUGCUCGAUGUCAACCGAGCUUCUAAGAACACCGUGUCUUCCCUUUGCGGUGGCGAUUCCCACCCUUCCUCCACCUUCAAGCCGUUUUUAAACAAUCAUAAUUAUCAAAAUGCGCCCUCCGUGCAAGACCACGUCAUGGAGGAGCCGGAGAUGGAAGACGCGUACCCAACCCAAGAAGGAUCCGACCCGAAGAAAUUCAGGAGGAUGGAGCCUGAGGAGGCUGACUCUGUUACUCAAACCGCCACCACCGACAACUGUACGGAUGACCAGUCAGCGGCGGCGAAGACUUUGAAGAGGCCGAGGCUUGUUUGGACUCCGCAGCUCCAUAAGCGUUUUGUGGAUGUUGUGGCGCACUUGGGAUUGAAGAACGCGGUGCCGAAGACGAUUAUGCAGCUUAUGAACGUAGAAGGGCUGACUCGGGAAAACGUGGCAAGUCAUUUGCAGAAGUAUAGGCUUUAUGUCAAGAGGAUGCAGGGGUUGUCGAACGAGGGACCCUCAGCAUCGGAUCAUUUGUUCGCGUCAACACCAGUGCCGCCACAGAGCUUUAAUGAUUCAUCCAGUUGUGGUGGUCAUGGGAAUGUUGCCGCAAAUGGGAGUCGUGGUGGUGGGAACAGUGAGAAUCAUGUGGGGAUGCCUAUUCCGAUGCCAUAUCCACCUCCACAGCAACUCAUGCCCAUGCCAAUGAUGGUGAUGGCAGCACACGGACAUGUAGGAAUGCCAGGAGGAAAUAUGAAUUCCCCAGCUGCAAACAGUGGUUACGAGGCUCAUUCUAGUCAUAAUCAUUAUCCGCAGCAGUAUAAUAGUAUGAUGCAGCAACAGAGGGACUGUGGAAAAAUAGGGACUGGUACUGGAUUCAAUUCAUUGGAAAUGUGA